AUGCGCCCCGCGCCUCGUCUCGCUCCGGCGUGUGCGUCGGCACCUCCCCGCGCCGGAUGCGCCCCAGCCGUGCGCCCGCGCACAUCCCCGUGUCUGCGCACUGGCUCCGCGUCCCGCGCCGUCUGGCUUGCCGCUGCCGUCUCCUACGCGCCGGCUCCGCGGUUCGGCCCCGCUCUCAGCAGCGCCCCGGGGCUCCGCGCCCCCGCCACCUGCACCACGUCCAGCCCGACCGCCGGGUGCUCUGCUCGCUGGCCGGCUCCCCGCCGCACGGCCCCCGUCCGCGACUACCUCCACCGAGCCCGCGCGAUCCGCCAGCUUCCCCAGCACGUCUGCCGACUCGUCGCGCCCGGCCGCCUCCUCGCACGCGUGCCGGCCCGCCGGCUGCUCGCUGGCCGGCUCCGGGCGCUCCAGCUACGCCUCCUCGCGCCCGCAACUACACCGCGGCCGUCCGCCUCCGCCUUCCCGCCAUGGUGGCACGGCCCCGUCAUCGACUCCUUCGAGUUUGCGCCCGUCCGUGCACUCCCCCGUGCCCCAGGCUCCCCGUCGCCGGCCCCCGCGCGCCACAUCGACCCCCCGCGUCUCCUCUACAUGCGGCUGGACGCCCUGCGCCCGCCGGUCUCGCCUGGGCCGGCUCCGCCUCCGUCCGCGACUCCGGCUGCCUGCAUCAACACGGCCACCCCACGCCAGCGGCCUCCCGCGCUGGCUGGCUCGCUACCCCGGACGGCCGGCUCCGCCCCCCGCCCGACGACCCGGCCGCUUGCCGGCCCCACACGCAUCCCCGCUGGCCGGCUCGCCGCCCUCCCCCAGCCGGCUCCAGUUCCCGCCGACUCGCCGCCCCACAGGCCGGCCUUCGCGCGGUCGCGCCGCUUCGCCCGCAUCGCCUCGCCUCGCCGCGCCGACUCCGGCCGCGCGCCGGCUCCUUCAGCCCUCGCCGCGCCAGCUUCACCGAAGACCCGGCCUGCCGGCUCCCCCCCAACCCGGAUGGCCGGCUCCGCACGCGUCCCCGCGGCCGGCCGGACUCGCCGCCCUACCUUCGACCUCCGGCCCGAGCGCCCCCGCCUCCGGCUCGGUUUCGUUCGCGCCUCGGCGCUUGCCCCGCCUCGCGGCCUCCUCUGCCUGUGCGCCCCAUGGCCGGCUGCGCCAUGCCCGUCGGAGGCCGGCUGCGCCCCGCACCGGCUCGCGCCUGCGUCGGCCACUUCCCGCCUCGGCCGUGGCCUUCGCUGGCGGCUGCCUAGAAGGCAGAGAGGGGGCCGACUAGAAAAGGCCGGCUGA